AUGGACGUUCUGAUCAGCCUGAAUCACGGCAACUCCUUCAUCUCUGGUGCCUACACCAUCACUGCCUCCACAUGUUCAGACGGGUUCGUGGUGGCCAUCGUGUUCCUGGUGCUGCUGAUCCUGGUGGCUUUAGCCCUCAUGUGGUGGUUCUGGCCUCUCUGCUGCACUGUGGUCAUCAAAGACCCGCCGCCGCCUCCUCCACCUUCACGGCCUCCACCACCUGAGCCCGAACCGCUGCCCAAGAAGAAGUGGCCGACCGUGGACGCCUCGUAUUAUGGAGGACGGGGAGCCGGAGGGAUCAAACGCAUGGAGGUACGCUGGGGAGAGAAGGGCUCGACGGAGGAAGGAGCCCGACUGGAGAAAGCCAAGAACGCCAUAGUUCACAUACCGGAGGAAGUAGAGGAGCCGAUGAUCAAACGUCCACGUCCGAAACCUGCCCAGACCCACCAGGCCGAGAACAAGUGGUACACUCCCAUCAAGGGUCGUCUCGAUGCUUUGUGGGCUUUAUUUCGGCGGCAGUACGACCGAGUGUCCCUGAUGCGUCCCACCUCAGCAGACAAGGGUCGGUGUAUGAAUUUCAACCGUGUGCAGCGUUAGUAGAGGAAGAAGAAGAACUGCUGUGUGAAAAACCAACAUGUGCUGAUCGCUGUGGACCAGAGAAGACUUUCAGGUUUUAUUGUUUCGUUUUGUUUGAAGACGUGUAAUCUGCAGCUGAAACCACUAUCAGUUCACUCCGCUUCACUUUGUGCACAAAGUUUCCUCCUUUGGUUCUCUGCCCUCAGGAGCACACAGGGUGAAAUGUUCAUAUUCUUUAAGUUAUUUACUACCUUUUUUUUUUUCUCCUUACAACCAAAUCUUUUUUUUUUGAUAUAUAUAUUAUUAAAAUUUUAAUUAAUGAAAAGACAUUUAAAAAAAAAAAAAAAGCAGAAGCAUUCAGACUCGGUUAGCUUUUCAUGCGCACCAAAGGCUUAACAUAUUCUGACCAUAUUGUGCCUUCUGUGAAAAACCUAAUUUCAUGGACACAGACGGAAGCUUUAAAAAAAAAAAAAAAAAAACGCAGAGAGAGAGAGAAAGAAAGGGGGCCGUUUGCCUUUGGCGUGGAAGUCGGAAUAAUCCCAGUGGGCCUCACAAGUGCAGAAGUCGGCUGCCUUUUGGCAACGUCUCAUCACGACUCCUCUCCAACUUCAGCGGUGCCGGAUGCCUGGCGGCUGCUCUUUGACUGGCUUAUCUUGUCAUUUUAACACUGAGAAGUGCACACGCAUGAAAAAUUGUAGACAGGACGCCCCAAGGUAUUGGAAGACUUUGCCCUUUAGUUUUUUUUUUUUUUUAAAGACACCUUCUUUUCAUUAUGCACUCGGGACAAGGGAAAUUAAUAGAGCGUUAUUCGACCGCGGGACAGCCUCCUGACCACGAUGAGCUCCAGCUACGUUUGAGGGAUUGAUGCCUUUAAGACCUUGACAUGGCGCUUGGUGUUUUUUGCCCCUGUUUUUCGGCGCAGUCUGCUCCGUGCUCGCUAAGGCGUGGCGCAUCACAAACAGGCCCAUCAGUUCGGACUUUUUUUAAAGAUACAGAUAGAUGUUCGUCGGAGGGGGCCGCAUCACAACUCCAGUGGCUCCCUCAGCGACCAGAAUAUCAAAGUUUAAUUAAAAUAAUUAAAGGCAACAGCAAGCAGCAGCCUGUGAAGACUCGGCUUGUCUCUUUUUUUACGCCUUUUGACAUUGAAUGACCUAUUACAGGAAGGGGAAAAAAAAAAAAAGCGGCGCCGACGUCCAAAACGCAAACCCAAAGCAACGGAUGCGACGGACGGAUAAGUAUUGUUCAUUUACACAAAAUUAUGUCCCCCCUCUUUCCUCCUCCUCCCUCCGCACCCAACCCCAAAAAAUAUAUAUUUAUGUAUAUUGUGGAUUUCUCAAGCGCGCUGUCACGACGCCAAUCCCAAAUGAUGUCAGUGCGAGCGGAAAAAACAGUGGUGGGGGGGGAGGAAAAAGGGGGCAGCAGCUGAAGAAAAAGGCUCGAAUGAUCCAGUCACUUCGGAUACCGUACUUCAGAUGCAAAAUGGAUAUUCGAGUCGAAACCUGACAAAGCGUGCCGGCUUUGACGGGAAGCGGUAUAGACAAUGACCAGUGGCUGGGUCAGUGGGAUGUCUCUGUGCAAGCAGGGAAGCUUAUCAAAUGACACUAAAAAUAAGUUCAGCAACCGUCAAGUUUGAGGGCGAGCGGCUCACAUUUUCGGCGAGCGACACGACGCCCUAAUUAAUCCUUUGUUUCCUCCUUUCGUCCCGAUUGGACGUAAAUAAAACGAAUCCUCGGGGUGCGCUGGUGUUUAUGUCCGACUUAAACGCUUCUCUAGCCUCUUGCAUAAUUUUUGCAGACAUUUAAUCGGCUCAUCGGGCUCCUUUUUGGAAAUGUUUUUACGUUACAAGCACAGGAAUGUUAUUAACCCGAACUCAUGCAACAUUUACACACUGUGUCGUUACUAUAGUGGUUGUACAUGAAGGAGGAAAAGUUGAAUUGUGCCUUUUUUUAUACAAGAAAAAAUAAGUAUUUUUGUAUUUUUUUUUAUCAGUUUAGCUUUUAGUUUGUCAACAUUUCCACCAAAUUUGUUUCGUGUGACUUGCAUGCACUACUUCCUGCUUGGCACAAUGUAAUUUAUCGUUUUAUUAUCUUGAUUGUAUCUUUUAUACUCACGUAGCACCUUGAAGUCCAGGUUCGAGUCGCACAAGCUGCACAAUGUGUGCGAGUCGCAACCGAAACACACCCCAAAAAAAAUGUAAAAAAAAAAAAAAAGUCUUUUUAUUACGACGCUCUUUUCUGAGUUUUUACACUGUUUUUGUUUUUUGUUUUAAUAAUUUUUUAUUUCUAGUCAUUUCUGUUAUUGUGUUACACUGCAAUCUGUUGUGUCAAAUAUACAUCCGAUAAAAAAA